AUGUUGUACACAAAUUUCCUCCUUUUGAGUUUUGACUGGUUAGUAAGUAAAAGGAAAACGAAGGAUAAGCAGAGAAUUGAUAAGGGGACGGGGGAGGUUGUUCAUGGAGUGAAGAUGGGUUCUGAAAAGUGGGUUCACUUGGAUUAUCUUGAUGCUGGAGCUAACAUAUGCCUGACAGCAUCUUACCAGGCUACCAUCCUGGGGUUUGAAUCAAAAGGCCUGUCAAGAGAGGAAGCUAAGCAUCUCUUGAAGAGGAGCGUGGUGAUCGCCUAUGAGGCCAGUGAGAUUUAUGCUGACAAAUCUAGUAAAAGCUCUUUGGAGUUCGUUGAAAGCGGGCAACCCUCCAGGCGCCCUGUUCUGAUUGCAGCUUCCAUUUGGCAGCUAUGGAGCUUUUCUGGCUGAUGGCUCUGAGUACAGUGGGAACUAUGGGGAAGCAAUUACCCUCCAAGCAUUGAAAGACUUCCGCAGGAGAAGGCUACAGAUUCUGGCAAACUCAGGUGCUGACUUGCUUGCCUUGGAGACGAUCCUGAACAAGCUGGAAGCCCAGGCGUAUGCAGAGCUUCUGGAAGAGGAAGCCAUGAUGAACACUCUAGUGUGGUUCUCUUUCUCUUGGAAAGACGGAGUCAAUGUGCUGAUUGGAGAUUCCAUUAAAGAGUGUGCUUCCAUUGCAGACUCCUGCAAGCAAGUUGUUGUUGUUGGUAUCAACUGCACUCCUCCUAGGUUCAUCCAUGAUCUCAUAGUCUUUAUCCGCAAGGUAGUUAUUGGAUUUCCUUCCUUUCUCACUCUUUCUCUAUAUGAAAAAUGACUAGAAUGACGAACAAGGGUUUCGUCUAAUGGUAAUACCACUAGACUAGAACCUGGAGGUCUCAGGUUCGAAUCCCUUAAGUAGUACCUUAAUGACAACAAAAUGAAACCCAUAUCACCCUUAUAAAAAAAUGACUGGAAUGAUUAAACGCCUCACAAAUUUGUCUUGCAUGUGACCAAGAAGCCGACAGUUAUAUACCCGAACAGCGGCGAGACUUAUGACCUUGAGCAGAAGCAGUGGGUGAAAUCAAGUGGGGUUUCUGAUGAGGACUUCGUGUCCUACGUAGGAAAAUGGAGAGAAGAAGGGGCUUCACUGUUUGACGGGUGCUGCAGAACUACUCCAAAUACCAUCAAGAGAACCUGCAGGGUUCUUUUGAAGACCGAUCAAAGUGAAAGAGGAUUUGCCAAACAGGGAGUUGCUAGACUUGUUGUUCUUGGGAGGAGCCACCAAUGGCUGAAGAGGAAGGAAAAUGUUGCUUGAUAAGUUGUUCUCUUCUUUUGACGCUGUAACCUCACGUUUGUACUUAGAAAUGCAACUUCGUUGCUGGUUAUAGUUGUUUGAUUGAGAUGCAGCUUAUUCAAACAUAGUAUAAGCAUCAGUAGUUCGGCCAAAUGCUGCAGCAGUUAGUUCGGAAGUCCUACUCUUUCUUUGCUUCUAGCUGCUAAAUUAUCAGCUGCAACUAAUGGCUGCCAUAAUUGUGUCGCCGUCUCUAGUUCCCAUCUCUUCAACCUCCACCAUAACUGUGAAUACCCAAUACAUGUUACCUAGCUAGAAGCUGCUUUUUAAUGCACUGAAUGAUGUCAAAUUAUGUCAGCAAUGGAACGCCAAGUGAACGUCUCAUGUCUUAGAUCAGAUGCUGCAACAUGGUCAAAGACCUGACAGGGUUACCAUGCUAUAAGAAAUCUAAGC